AUGUUACCUCCUUCUUUAAAGACAACUCUCUACUCAGCAGAACGUGAGCUCUGCCGUGGCUAUGGACAGGCAACAUGCCGUGAGUCACCAAACCAAAAUUACUCUUAUGUAAAUAGGGCAGAUGGAAGUCGGUCUCUCUUACCGAUUGUAUGCAGACAGUUUGUAUGUAAACACGAACUGCGUGUCUUUUUUGACUCAACGGGGACACUACAGAAUUGGGCUUCUGAAACUCUACAUUAAUUUUUUUCUCAUGAAAGCCUUAGUUAGGAGGUUUGGUGAUCUGAGAACAAUUGCAAAGCCCUUAUUGAUUGAUUCACAAGGCAUUUUUCUGUCUGUGACCACAUUUCAGAAAUCGAUAAACCUGAUGACGAGACAAUAUCCUACAAGACUACUCUGAACAAGCCUAAAGAAGGACGCUACAGCUUUGCUUACUGCAUGACCGGUGGAGACAAUGUUGAAUAUAUAAUCGACUGGGAGGGCUAA